UCUGAAUCAAUUCCUUGACCAUUUAAAAAAAAACUACAUUUUCUAGCACAAAAUUGAACACACAAAUUCAGUACGAAAUUAACGUGUUUUUGUUUUUUUGGUGGUAAGCGCCAAGUUGCUUAUCUAAACCCAUCCACAAAAAAAAAACCAAAAAUCGAUUUAUUGCCGUUCUCGUCAAAGAAAUUAGAGCAAUUGAAUCCCUCCUCAGCUCAGGGGUGGGAAAAACGACGCAAGACGCUGUAGAUGGAACGAGCAAAUGUUAACAAAAUUUAUCUUUGAUAAGAUGGACAAGAAGUUGCAGCAUUCACAUCACCAACAAAAACAACAGCAUCAGCAUCAUACACAUGCAUCGUAUCUCUUUAAUAACAAUCAGUCAACAAAAUCGCUAUCGAAUCCACUGCAAGCCAAGCUUGUGGCAAUGGAGAGCAAGUUAAAGCACGGUUCGAUCUCAAAUGUGGCAACUGCAACAACUGGAGUGGGAGUGGGAAUGGAAACAGCUGUGGGAGCAACCACAAGUCACACGAAUAACCGGAGUCUGAACAAACCAAGCCAACAUUUUGGACUGCGUCAGGUGACGCUCAAGGACCCAGUAGGACAUCGAGAGCGUGAACGCCAUGAGGGCGGCAGAAGCACAAAUGCAGCUGGCUUUAAGCGUUAUUGUGUGCCACAAACUGGGCAGCAACAGGCACAACAGCAGCAACCACAAGCUCAGCCCAUUGUGCCGCUGCUGAGUCAAGUGCAGCGUGUCAAUCACGAUUUAGCCGAUAAACUCAAUCGUCUGGCCCGACGCAAUACGAUCAAAUUCAAGGAGCUGACCGCGUUGCAGGGUCACGACAAGAACACGGAGGCGUUGCAAGAGUUGCAGACAUCGAUACCGGAAAUUAGCAAAAUCUUUGAUGUGCAUUGUCGCAUUGGCAGCGGCACCUUUAGCACCGUGCUGCUGGGCACCUUGCAACGCGAGCGUCAACUGCCCGAGGCGCAACGUCGUCGCUUUGCCAUCAAGCAUCACAAUCCGACCAAUCAUCCGGAGCGUAUAUUGCGGGAAUUGGAAUGCAUGUUUCGCAUGGGCGGUGAUCACAAUGUGAUUGGCAUCAAUUGCUGCAUACGCUACAACGAUAAUGUCGCCUUUGUGAUGCCGUUUAUGAGUCACGAUCGCUUUCACGACAUCUAUCGCAAUCUAAGUUUGCUCGAGAUCAAGGAUUAUUUGCGCAAUCUUCUGGUUGCUCUGCAGCAUGUCCACAAAUUCAAAGUCAUUCAUCGGGAUGUGAAGCCGAGCAAUAUUUUGUAUAAUCGUCGCACUGGUAAAUUUCUCCUCUGUGAUUUUGGUUUGGCUCAACGACUGGCCGACGAUGGCAGCCUGAUACAAGCCUCCGAUUUGAGUGGCGCUGCUGCGCUGAUGCGUGACAUGGAUGCGGCGCAACAGCAGUUGAUGCAACGCGAGGGCAACAGUCUGCAGGACGAGGCAGAUGCAGAGCGUCGCAUACGUGCCGCAGGCGGUGGCACAGCGGCGUUCGGUGAGCCAUCGAUGACGUCGACGGCGGCCACAUUGCUGCUAACGGAGCCCACCAAAAGGGAGUUGGCUGCCCAGAAGGCGGACACGCAGCGGCUGAUCAAUCGACUGCGGUAUGUGAACAGUAAUGUGGAUCCCAAUAACUAUGUGGUAUCGACGAAUAGCAGCAGAAAGGAGAUGCAUGCAUCCAGGGCAGGCACACCAGGCUAUCGACCGCCUGAGGUGCUGCUGCGUUAUCCAUACCAGACGACGGCCGUUGAUGUUUGGGCCGCAGGUGUGAUAAUGCUCUCAAUGCUGUCCUCGUUGCAUCCAUUUUUCAAGGCGCCCAACGAUUGUGCCGCCCUCUCGGAGAUUAUGAAUCUCUUCGGGGACUUGCAGGUGCGCAAAACCGCUUUUAUGCUCGAUCGCUUGGUGUUGAUCACCCAAAAGGUGACGGCCCUCGAUUUGCGACGCGUUUGCAUGCGCUUCCGCUAUGCCAAUCAUUUCCUCUCACCGGAAAUGCAGCGACGCCAUCGUCGCUCCGAUGGCAGCACGGAGUUGUGUCGCCUUUGCGAACAGUCGACUUUCAAUUGCAUUUGCAAGCACAGUUGUCAUGCGCUUGAGACAUACAACGAACUGGAUAUGUUUCCGCAUCAUGCCUACGAUCUGUUGAGUCGUCUACUCGAGGUGAAUCCACAGAAACGCAUCACAGCCGAGGAGGCCCUCAAGCAUCCGUUCUUCGGUGAACAUCAUCGCAUUGCCAGCGGCGUGCCAUUGCAUCAGCUGCAACAGCAGAGGCAGCAGCAACAGCAACAGCAACAACAGCAGCGUUCACGGGACUCGCUGCCAUCCGCCGGAUCACGCACAUUGACGCCAUAUGUCAGCUAUCCGAAUGGCACCAAGUCAACCAAUCUGCCGGAGUUGGCCAGCCGCACAGGUGUCACAGCCUCAGCUGCUACCGCAACACAAGUAGCUGCAACAGCAGCAGCAGCAGCAGCAACAACAGCUGGAAAUGUUUGAGUUUAGUACAACAAUUGGUUUAUCGUCUAGUGUGCAACCAAAAAAUGCAAAAAAUUCUAUUGUAAAGUGCAAAACUCUUCAAAUUUUGCAUCAACAUACCAUUUACAUACAUAUAAAUAGAGUAUUUGGUGGCUUUGUUCUUUUA